CACAUGGGAUAUAACUUUCUUCCCAGACGAGUUAAGCAGAAGAUGAUUUCAGAUUGUCUAGAAAAGCCUCUCAUUGCCACCAGUAUCCAUUAAGGAUAUGUUAACCAGAGACUAUAGUCUGGUACCACACUCCAUUAGAAGAAUAGCAAGCAUCCCAGUGCUUUGCUACAAUCAAAGAGCGACUCUCUACCAGGCUGUCUCUAGCAAGAAUCUCUAGCUUACACCACAGAAAAGGAAGGUUUCCUCAUAUAGAUCUCAGAUUAACAUGUCAGACCUGGAGAAUGCCAUGAUCACCAUCAUCCAAGUUUUCCAUAAAUACUCCGGCCACAAAUGCAAACUCAAGAAAUGCGAGCUCAAAAAUCUUAUUAAUAACGAGCUGAGUAACUUCAUUACAAAAAUUAAAGAAGAUGUAAUUCUAGACGAGCUCUUUGCUGACCUCGACCAGAAUCGAGACCUGGAGAUCGACUUCCACGAGUUCAUUGCCAUGAUUGCAAUGGUCACAACAUCCUGUCACGAUAUAUUUGCUUCAAAGCACCACAAACAUUAGUGGCAUAAUGUGAGCAAUAAACCUGAAGAGGAUGACUUCAGAUUC